UGACAUGGUCCAAAUAGUCACACUGAAAAAAAAUCCACUCUGUUGAUGAUGACAUCAUCACUGUUACCAUGAGAACCUCAGUAUGUGUGACAAAGCUGAAGCAGGUGCACACAUUGAUGCUCAUGGGAUUUUACCCUGGACACACAGCAGCUGUGAAAAUCUCCCUCAAACACACUCACACACAUUAGACAGUCUGGAUAGUGUCGGUGAAAACCAUAUGCACUUACGCUGUAUGAUGAAAGCUGAAUAAAUGCCUCUCGUGACGACACUUUCAGGACAUUCUAUCUCUGCUGCUGAGCUGUGACUGAGUGGGCAGAAGCACAGACAUUAUGUAACGGAGAUGUUCCUGCCUCAGAGACAGUAAGAGAGCAUCCACAUACACAUGAGAGAGAGAGAGAGGGAGAGCCAGUGAAAAAUAAAUAAAUUAAAAUCUCACCUGACCUGGUUAGGGUGAGUGAAUAAAGGGAUGAAGCUGAAAGGGGAGACAGUGAGUGUUUGUAACAGUCAGUGCUUGCCUCUCAUUCUGUGUGUGAAUCAUUGUUUGGCAGAGCAGCAGUGUACUGGAAACCACAGAGAAGGACAACUAGGAAAACGAGAUGAUGGGGGUUGAAAAGCAGUGUGAGGUGGAGGUACUAAAACAGUCCCAAAGAGAGUUACAGUGGGUCCAAAAACAGCUGUCAAUCAUCUCUAACAGAACCAAUGGCCCAGGCAGGACCAAGGAUAAGAAACUGAGGAAUGAGGUGUUUCCAUUGCAUUUAUCCGAGUUAUCGCCUCAGCAUGUGGAAGCGUACCAGCUGCUAGACGACAGGAAACACAAACUCUCACCCGAGACCGCCGCUCUCUACCUGCUUCGACAACAGCACAAACUAUUGGAGACUGAGAUCAGCAGGAAGAGAAAGGAGUGUGAAGUCCUUGAGGAGGAGGUGAAGAAAAAGAGCCAGUCAUGUCAAACUCUGGAGAGUGAGCUUCAGCAUGUUCUGCAGGAGAAAGCACGUCUGAAUCUCCGCUUGUUCAACGAUAUCCAGAAGGCAGCAAAGUAUGAGCAGGUGAAAAGUGAGUAUGAACAGCUGCAGGAGGCUCUGUACACUGUGACAGUGGAGAGAGAUUGUGCUGUGUUGGAGAAGACUGAGCUCCAAGGCAAACUGGAGAACCUAGAGCAGGUGCUGAAGCAUAUGCGAGAGGCUGCAGAGAGGAGGCAGCAGCUAGAAUUAGAGCAUGAACAAGCCUUGGCUGUCCUCAGUGCCAAACAGCAGGAGAUUGACCUUCUGCAGAAGGCUCAGGUUGAGGCUAAGAAGGAACAUGAAGGUGCCGUCCAUCUGUUAGAGAAUCACUUGGACAGCAUGCAGCUGAGAAGUUUCCUUCGCACUAAGAACACAAUGCGAUUUUUGGAUAAAGUGAGAGAACUGGAGGAAAAAUGCCGGGCACAGAGUGAGCAGUUUAACCUGCUGUCAAAAGAGUUGGAGAAGUUCAGGUUGCAGGCUGGGAAGUUAGACAUCCUGAGCAGCAGUCAGCUGACAGGGGGCGACUCUCCCGGCUCACCCAGCAAACCCCUCACCCUCUCCCAGCUUCUCAAUGGCCUCACUGCCCACUCUGGGAAAGGUAAUGAGGAUUCGAUGAGUAAGAUCUCAGAGCUCAUUCGGCCUCUACAGAUGACUGAGGGGGAGAAGGUAGAGCUCCUGUCUGUCAAACCCACCUUCCUGUCACGCAGCACACCCUCCAGCCCACGGCGAGCCUUCCUCUCAGAGGUGCGGCCCGUCAUCUCCACUGCUAUGGACAAAGAGCUCAGCUCAUCACCCAGGUCUAAAUCCAGAUACACAGGCAAAGUGCGACUGUGUGUUGCCCGCUACAAUUAUAACCCUUAUGAUGGCCCCAAUGAGCAUCCUGAGGCAGAGCUCCCCCUGGUGGCUGGGAAGUACCUGUAUGUUUAUGGGACCAUGGAUGAGGACGGCUUUUAUGAGGGUGAGCUGUUGGACGGACAGCAGGGUCUGGUUCCCUCCAACUUUGUGGACUUUGUCCAGGAUGAGGAGCUCGCGUCAGUUCCUCUUUUGGACCGCAUCAAGGAACCGUCCUACCUCAACCACAGCCCCGCCUCCAUGCCCAGCAGUGCCGUCAGUACACUCAGCACACUGCUCUCAGAGAAGUUGGACACCCUGGGCUCGGGUACCGGGACGGGCACCAGCAGUAGCAGUGGGGUUAGCAGCUUGGGCAUGACCAUGGGUCUGGGCAUGGACUUUCUGGGACCCUGCAGCAAUGGCACCGGCACGCUGGACGUGAACAUUGACGAGAUUGGAGAAGACAUCGUGCCUUACCCCCGCCGCAUUACCUUGAUCAAGCAGCUGGCCAAGAGUGUAAUCAUAAGCUGGGAUCCUCCGGUUGUGCUGCCCGGGUGGACGUCCAUCAAUGGCUACAACGUGCUGGUGGAUCAGGAGGUACGCAUGAGCGUACCCUUCGGCGGCCGCACCAAGUCUUUGAUCGAGAAGCUGAACCUGGCCACCUGUACGCACCGCAUCUCCAUCCAGAGCAUGACGGAGCGGGGGCUCUCCGAUCCGCUGCGCUGCACACUGCUGGUGGGGAAAGAUGUGGUGGUGGCACCCUAUUACCUUCGUGUGGAGAACAUCACGCAAGUAUCGGCUGAGCUCACCUGGAUGCCAAGCAACAGCAACUACAGCCACAUGAUCUUCCUGAACGACGUCGAAUAUGAUGUUGUGAAGCCUGGAGGGUACAAAUACCACUUCUACAACCUGAAGCCCAUGACAGUGUAUAAGAUACGGGUGGUGGCCCGGCCCCAUCAGAUGCCCUGGCAGCUUCCCCUUGAGCAGAGGGAGAAGAAGGAGGUCUCAGUGGAGUUCUGCACUCAGCCAGCCGGUCCUCCUUUACCUCCUCAGGAUGUGCAAGUUCAGAUGGGACAGACACCUGGAGUCUUGCAAAUCCGCUGGAAGCCUCCUUCCCUCACUCCUACCGGCACUUCCAAUGGAGCUAGUGUAAUCGGAUACAUAGUCUGCACUAAAGGUCAAAAGAUAGCAGAGAUAAUGUACCCCACAGCAGAUUUCGUUACGGUGGAACUGAACCGUAUCCAGGGUCUGGAAGCGCGGGAGGUCAUUGUGAGGACAAUAUCAGCACAAGGAGAGUCGCAGGACUCUCCCGUGGCCACUAUUCCGCACAACCUCCUGGUGGCUCACCCCCACGGACACCCCCCUCACCCACCUCCCUACCCACAAGCCUACCCCCCAACCCAUCCACAACCGCAUGUUCAGCCCCACUCCAUCCCGCCACCCCACCCUCAUCCACCACCCUCACACCCCCAUGUUCACCCCUCGCCCUCCCAGUACCCCAUGUCUAAACCCAAACUUCUACCAAGUGCCAGAGACCCCCAUGCCAAAGAGCCAGAGAUGGGCAGGCGAAUGGGGCAGCCCUGGGAGCCGCAUCCCCGGGCCCCGUCACCCCUUCCGCCCCCUUCACACCCAGGACACACACUGGAGCCCCCUCACAUAGAGGGCCGGCGCUCACCCUCCCCUCAGAGGAUCUUGCCUCAACCUCAGGGAGUGCCCAUUCCCAACACAGUGGCUCGUGCUAUAGCCCGCCAGGCAGCGCAGAGGAGCGCCCCGAACAGCAGGGUGGAGAGGAGGAACAUCUUCAGCGAGAGGGGUAACGCUCUGCAUUCAUUAAAUUCAGAUGAGGAGGAGGAUGGGUACGAUUCCCCUCACGCCAGACGAAGAGGUGCUUCUGUGGAUGAGUUUCUCAGAGGUUCUGAGCUGGGCAGACAUCAUCAUCACUAUAACCACAGUGAUGAGUACUACACUGAGAGCAGUCGGGGCUCCGAUCUGUCUGACAUCAUGGAGGAGGAUGAGGAGGAGCUGUACUCGGAGAUGCAGUUGGAAGAAGGACGUCGCCGCAGCAUCAACUCACACAACACAUUAAAGGCAUAUUAUAGGCGUCAGGACCUAGCAGUGGACCGGGACAGUUGGGACCUGCAGCGGGAGGUGGUACGACAGCGCUCCUUGCGCUCCCACAAACGGCUGCACAGCAUCCCGGAAGUUGCAGAGGAAGAACAGGACACUGGGGUGGAGGUCCUGGGUCAGCGGCUGCGUUUUGAGGAGGCUCGUCCGGGUACUCCUUGCAGAAGCCCGCAGCCCUACCACCAGGACUCACGGCAGCCAAACCACCUUUCCCCGAGCAAGAGUGUCCGCAGGCUGCAGAGGCAGCGCUCCUCUCCGCGCUAUAGCUCCAUAGAGGAGCGGCCACCGUGCUGGAGCAGCAGCAGUAGCAGGCAGACCACCAAGAGCCCGGACAGCGGACUAGACUGCGGGAGCGAGGAGGAGGGCUCACUUGGCUACCGUGGAAGCUACCACUCGUACACAGGGGGCAGCCCGCUUCGGGUGGGUUCUGGCCCCAACAUGCGGGUGAUCCACAGUGAGGGGCCUGUGGAGAGGCGUGCUCUGGCUGCUGGCAGGAAAAGGACACUGACCCGGCAGUGCAGCAUGGAUGAGGACUUCCUGGAUACCAUUCCGGAGACAAGGAGCAUGCGGGAGUCAUAUCACCAUUAUCACUAUCAUCCACACCUUCGCCAUCCCCAACGCAGGUUCCGGAGCGAGGGCAGGCUGAGCGAGGUUGGCAGGACCUAUCACACGGACAUUAGGGCCUACUCUGUGGCCAGACUCAACAGGGCAAUGGAUGAACCCCUGAUUUUAGGGAGCUCUCCCUCAACAGGACGCUCGGAUCGACUGGACCAUUCCGGCCGUAGGACGAGUCACGGCUGUCCACCCCCUCAGAGAAGACCAAUGACAGUCCCUUCCAUUGAGAUCACCAUGGAGAAUAACAGUGAGGGGAGUGAGGGGAACCUCUCACCUAUCAAGGACGAUGUUUACUAUACCAAUGUAGCCCACCGCAGGACAUGGCCCCCACAGCGAACAGAGCACCAAUAUGAUGGUCAUGGAGGACGUGACCGGCGGUCUCCAGACUACUAUGAGUCGGAACCAGAGGACUUGUCCCGAAUCUUUGUGGCCAUGUUUGACUAUGACCCCCUGUCAAUGUCUCCUAACCCUGAUGCUGCUGUAGAGGAGCUUCCCUUCAAGGAGGGCCAGAUCAUAAAGGUGUUUGGAGAGAAGGACACAGAUGGAUUCUAUAGGGCAGAGAUCUGUGGCCGCAGGGGGCUCAUCCCCUGUAACAUGGUCUCAGAGAUCCAGACGGAUGAUGAUGAAAUGGUGGACCAGCUGCUCAAACAGGGGUUUCUUCCUCUCAACACGCCCAUUGAGAAAAUAGUAAACUGUAAUAGGUUCAAAGAUGGCCGUUCAGUUAAUCGCAGGUCCCGGAAAUCCAAGAGAGAGAGGAACAAAAGGAGUGGAAGGCAGCACCAGGUGUCGACGCGGAGGAUGGUGGCCUUGUAUGACUAUGACCCCAGAGAGAGCUCUCCUAACGUGGAUGUGGAGGCCCGCUAUGGGGGCAGCUUGCAGAGUGAGGAGGCUGAGCUGACAUUUUGUGCAGGUGAUGUGAUCACAGUUUUUGGAGAGAUCGAUGAGGAUGGCUUUUAUUAUGGGGAGCUCAAUGGACACAAGGGUCUGGUCCCCUCCAACUUUCUCGAAGAAGUGCCUGAUGACGUGGAGGUUUACCUUACCAACACCCCGAGCCGUCACCACCAGGACCACCCAUCCCGGACAAAGAGCAAAAGGCCGGUUGCUGUUUUGAUGGAUCAUUGAAGGAAAACAGAAAACAAAAGAGAGACAGCUUACUAAACAGAGACAUACCAUAAAAUACAAGACUGAGGAACCUUUAUUUUUAUGUCAGAUGUUCUGCGGAGGAGAAAUGUGAACUGUUAAUGAAAUUGCAUAUUCAUAAAGCAUUGUUUGGAAAAGAAGUAUUCACACAAAGAGAUGUGCCAGAUUACUAGUUGUUUAUUGUUAUUAUUUAUGGAAAAAGAAGCACUAAAAGACUAUUAUUUUUUACCUAAUUCACAAAUGAGGCAUUGUAAUAGAUGCUUUAUGAAUGUAGAUUAACUGUGUUUAAAAGUGAAAUCCAUUUAUAAUAGAGGAGAUAGUUUGGUGUACAGAGAACUGAAACCAUGUAGAACUGUAGAACUGCAUGCUUUUUCUUUCAGAAUGCUUCGAAACCACCGUGAAAUUUUUAGGUGCUUUAACGGAUUGAGACCAGUUAAGAAAAGAAAAAAAAAACUUUUGUAUAUGUUUCCAAAAGAAUUGUUUUUUUUUUUUGUAUAUUGCUGAUAUAUAAGACUAUCAACUUACAGAGAGACACAAAAAAAAUGUUGCAAGUAGAGAGAGUUCAAGAAUGAUUUUAUCUGUAGAUGUAGAUAUUGUACAAUUGUCUGUAUAAAAAAGAAGAAAAAAGAAAAUAUAAUUGCUGAUGGAUGUUCUGCUGAAUCAUCAGGACCCAUCAAGGUUUUUAUGUACUGAAAGUUUUGUGAUUCUUUUCUCAUAUUCAUUGUGCAGACAAUUGAAAUGCAUUGCAUCAUGGCAUUGUUUUUUUUUUUCUCACUUGCUUGGCAAAACAGAAGAAGAGUGUUCAUUUCACUCCGUAACGGCUCAGUAUCUGUCACGUAAGUGAGCAACAGAGGAUACCGCAAACAACGCUGUCCUCGUCUAAUGCACACGACGCAGGUCCUUAUUACUGUUGUUCCUGGUAUGCACAAAACACACGCAUAUGACACAUUCACAACAACAGUUUAAACAAAAGAUUUAUAAAAAUUGGUCACAGACUCAAAAAAAAAAAAAAAGUUGAUGUUUAAAGUUUGAAUUGAUUAAAUCAUCAUUUCAGAAUUUACAUAUGAAC